AUCUGAAAAUGGCUCUGGCGAAGCCUGAAGAUCUUCACUCUCAAAAGCUUCGUUCGAAUUCGCCCAUUUCAAGAAGUCAAUCAGAAGCGAAACCUAUGAAAUCUGUUUCAUACUCCUCUCACGAAAAUUCCAAUCUGCAGGAUGUUCUUCUCGUUGAUUCCAAGUCAUCUGCCGCCGCUGCUGCAAUUCCAUGUAUAUCCUCCGACUUGACGAUAUUUUCAAACCCUUCUCAUCACGCCAACAAGAAGACGAGAGACCUGCCCAAUGUAUCCGAUUGUCAUGGCUGCGGCUGUCACAUCAAUGUUACAAACCACAAGGACAGACUCCAAACCCUGGAUAGCUUUUGGCGCAUCGUUUUGUUAUGUUGGAAAUGCAUCAGAGGCGUUGAAUCCGCUGAAUUAUGCUCCUAUUGUCUAUCUCCGGCUAAGGAUGAGGCGGAUUGCUUCCUCUGCUGCGACUGUAGACGCCGUGUUCAUAAGGACUGUGUUACAAAGUACAGGUACUCUCCUCCUUGGUGUUAUUCUCAUUCAAAUUCGGAUUUUAGGGUAUGCAUUGAUUGUUGGAUACCGAAAUUGCUGACAAAAUCUAAUAGUUUAUACGAAAAGAAAGGACUUGAGAAGAAACAACCAUUGAAAAUGCCUACUAAUUUGAGGAGUCAAAAAUCAUUGAAAGAUGUGGUAAAGGAUGCAAAAUUGAAUAUGAAUGAUAAGAUGUUGGUGGCAGAGAAAGCUAAAGACAAUAAACUAAGGAAGGCUUUGUUAGCCAAGAGAGCUGUGGAAUUUGCAAGCGAUGCAUUAGAACUAGUUGCUGCUAAAAGUUUUGACAGUGGAAAUAAGGCAUCUACUAAUGGUGAUCAUACUGGAUUGGCAUUUCAACUGCAGCGAGUAUUGAAUAAAUCACCUAGAAUUGCAGAAAACUUUUGCUCAUUGAACUCAACAUUUUUGUCUCUAAAUAGGGACAGUAUGGAGCAAGAGUCGAAGGUUUAUGUCAGGAGGCAUAAAAAGGUUAAAAAUGAAGAACCACAACAGGACGCCAUCAGAAGCCAAGGUCUACUGGCCUGGCUAGAAAGUUCUAGGGUUCCUCCUGAUGGAAUCUGCAACGAGGAGAAGCCUCAUCACAGAGUGAUAACGUAUACCAAAAGGCUUGCAAAAGAAGCGCGAGUCAAUAAUGUAUUGAAUUUGUACGAGUCUGGGAAGCAAACUGAACCUGUUCUAGAUUCUUUUUCGAAUGACUCCAAAAGCCCAAUUCAAUUGGGUGAUUCUGAAGAAAUUCCAACUGUUCUAUCAAAAGAGAAGAGUUAUAAGAAGGGUGAUCGCUUUGGCUUCAGUUAUACUAAGAGAUCAGCAAAUGGAAUAAUCUCCAAGGAUGAAUCGUUGGCAAAACAAGCUGGGUCAGUGCAAGAACUGUUUCUUGAUAAGCCCGUUAGUCAUGUGAAGUCCAAUGGAAACGAGGAGUCUGAUGAUCGCUAUGCUUUGAAGUAUACUAAGCGGCCUGUGAAGCUCUAGAAAGAGUAUAAAUUUUGAAGCCAAAAUUUGUUUUGAAUACACUGCUUGUGAAAGUAAUGAUCCGUCUACAUGAAGCACCUCUUGACUAUAGGUUUUCAGAUUACUGUCUGGUUCUUUUGUAAAUUUCAGUUUGUGCAGGUGGUUCUUCUUCCAUUAACAUACAUCCAGAGCUAGCUACAAAUGAUGAUGCUGAGAACCAGGACACUAUAUAUAGAGUUGGAAUUUAAAACUGAGAACCAUAAAUAUGCUUAGGGUUAUAUGUUCAUAUUCAGGUAGUCACAUUUUGUAACUGAUAGCAUAAAGCUUGCUACUUUUCUAAUUGAAUUGAAUUGAAUUGCACACCCAGAAACUGAAAUGAGUUUGUGGUUUACCAUUUUCAACAUUGCUGUAAAGUCUAGUUUUGUUUAUGUACGCAUGCAUUUCAA